AUGCAGACGCGGUCGCGCGCCCGCUGCGCCAAGGAGCUCGUGCUGCCGCCCGAGACGCAGGUGCACAUCCAGAUCAACAUCAUCACGACGCCCUCUUCACCGACGUACCACUACUAUACGCGGUCGCGGGCGACGACGACGACGAUCACGUCCCUGCCACCCGCUUCGUCGGCCAAGACACUGCGCCGCCAACGAAGGAGGUCCGCCGCCAAGAAGAAGGCGCUCGUGACGGCUGCAGCAAGUGAGACGAAGGAGGCCUCGCCGGAAACGAGCCUCGUGCCCGCGAACAAGCCGGCUGUCAUCGAGCCCGAGCCCAAGAACGGGGACGAGGCCGCCGACCGCCGCAGUCCGCCAUCGCCGCGACCGCGAAAGCGCCGCUGCAUCGAC